CAUUUUUCCCUCCCUUGGUAGCCUUCACAUGGUGACAAGACUUCUAAUCCUGAAGUUCUGAAAUGGAUGAAUGAUUUGGCUAAAGGUCGUAAACAGCUCAAAGAGCUAAAACUGAAAAUGUCUGAAGAACAAGGUAGUGCUCCCAAAGGCCCACCUAGAAACCUGUCCUGUGAGCAACCCACGAUUCCCACAGAGAAUGGGAAGUCAGAAGCUGCAGGCCCUGAGCCAAGCUCCUCUGGAGAGGAGGCUCCAGAUGUUGCUGUGACAUGCCUGAAGGAGAAGAAAGAGCAGCUCCCUGCCCAGGAGGAUUCUAAGGUAACUAAGCAAGACAAGAACCUCAUAAAGCCUCUUUAUGACCGAUACAGAAUUAUCAAGCAAAUCUUGUCAACACCUUCUCUCAUUCCAACAAUUCAGGAGGAAGAGGACUCUGAUGAAGACUGCCCACAGAGGAGCCUACAACCUUCUUUGCCAGAUCCAACAUGUCUCCUUCCUGUUGGUGACCACCUUACCUACUCGAAUGAGACUGAGCCUAUUAGGACCCUGCUACCAGAUGAAAAGAAAGAAAUAAAACAACCAGCUCUCUCCAUGUCCAACUUACAUGAGGCCACCAUGCCUGUACUUCUUGACCAUCUCCGAGAAACUAGGGCUGACAAGAAGAGACUGCGGAAAGCCUUAAGAGAAUUUGAAGAACAGUUUUUUAGGCAAACAGGAAGAAGUCCACAAAAGGAAGAUAGGAUACCAAUGGCAGAUGAGUAUUAUGAAUACAAGCACAUAAAAGCCAAACUGAGACUUUUAGAGGUCCUCAUCAGCAAGCAAGAUGUGGCCAAAACUAUUUGAGGUUCAGGAAAUGUUUAUGAUCACUUUUAUAAUCAAGAUUAAAGUUAAGUUUUUUUCCCUUGCCAUUGUUGCUAAAGAAUUUUGACAUACUGAAAAUGAAAGCACUUUAGUGGUAGUAUUAGCUGUUUUUAUGAAGGGAUAGCAAGUAUAAUUAUAUAGAAGGAGAAGAGAUUUAAAAAAAAUGUAACUGGUAACUGUAUAAUUGAUUAAAAAAAACAAUUCAGUCUCCUUCAUGCUAAGGAGAAAACUCGUAGUCAAUAAAAUUAUUUUACAAAAAAUCUAAUAUUUUAUUAAACCUAAAUAACAUAGCUGGGCCACUUGUUACAGAAAAUUUAUUUAGGGUGCAAAGAUUGUCUGUGUUGAUAUAUGAAAAAGGGCAUGAUUUAAAAAAAAAAACAGUGAGAGGAGGAAAAGAAAUUCUGCUUUUCAUGUAGAAAGGAAUACAGCUAGUAAGAGAAUAAUUUAUUUGAAACUUCUAAUAGAUUUGUAAGUGAUAAAACAUCUGCUACCUUGUCCCUUAAGUUUGCUAGGCAUUCACUACCCUAAAAUGUACUAGAAUGUGUCACUGCUCAUUUUUAUUUCUAUCUAAAAGUAACACAUUUUAUCUGUUAUUUGAAAUUUUACAUUUCUGGUUACCAAAGUUAAUUCUGAUAGCAUGUACCUUGUGAAUUAUUGCCUUUGUCUAUAAUUGACAGAUGUUUAUAUUAAAAUAAAAUAUUGUAUUAAAAAUUUAAAAUAGGUAUUUUGGAUAGAUAUGUGUCUGCAGUAUAUAAUUUAAUGUGAUCAUAGAAUUAUUGCUAAUCUUUUUGUUUACUCUAAGAUUAUAUAACUAUUUUUCCAUUUGGAAUAUACAUUUUCUUAAUGUUCUAAGGUCUAUACUUUGUAAAGUCAGAAAACUUUCUCAUGAGCUGUAUUCUUCAUUCUGUACAAAAUGAAAGGUUUGGAAAUUGUUUGCUCUGACAUCCUAGAAAAGAAGGCAGAAUAUUUUAUUUGCUUCAUCAACUUUAGUGUAUAGUGUUUUGUGUAAUUUUGAACUAAAACACGUUUAUUAUUUUCAUUUUUGUAAACAUGAGUAAAAGGUCAACAUUUUCUCCUGUACUAACCAUAUUUGUUUUUCUAUUUUCUGUAAUGUUUAAGCAUGAUGUUCUGAUGAAAUUCGCAUUUUCAUAGUUUGGAUGGGAAGAAUAUUGACUAUUUCAGAAACAGACUAUUUCAGAGGCUUAUUGUUUUCUCUGUAUUUACCUGGUAUUUUAUAACUUUUAUGAAUGAGAAUAAUGUCCUUCAUAAAUUUGUUUAAUUGAAGUCAUCUACUUGUAACAGGACAGAUAACACAACUAUUUGAGGUUUACAAAUUACAUCUUUGAUAAGAGAAAUGGUUUCGUGACAUGUAUACAAUUGCUAUUAAAAUGUAACUAUAUAUUCUAUAUGACUGUAAAUAUUUUAUACAACAAUACAAAUAAAAUAUUUUUCUAUUAUAUUUA